UGAGUCACUGAUUGUAUUGAUAGAUAUCUAUUGGCUGGGCCUAAGUCUCUUUCAGCCCCCUGGAAACGAGAUAUUUCCCUUUUUGCACCCCGCCGGCCCCGGUGACUAAUGCUCAUUCGAUAUAUUUUCCGCGCUUUGAAUUCGCCCUUAAGCUUUUCGUGUGCCAUUUGGAUGGGUAGCACGGUCCGACAAUCUGGCUGUGUUGUACACACACCGCACAGGGAAACGGAGAAAGAAGGGAGGGAGAGUGCGGAGAACUAUUCGGUUCUUUGAAAACUAUCACGCUGGAUUUAGGGCCUAAUACUAUUCUUGCGGCAAAGAGGAGCGAUUGAUAAUCUCUCCCUCCAUGUACGCCGAUAUCAAGCUCUCUAGCUGCCCUCACCUCACUCCACAUCGGAGAAUCUGCAAAGAUAUCGUCUCAAUGAUCGCCACGAGGCCUUUUGUUCAAGUUACAGCGUUUAAAAUAGAAGCUUCGGCCCUAAUUCAAUCCUCGCACCGCCUUGGCGAAGUUGGCGUCGCCUUCUUUUGAGUUCUUCCAGUGAACCAGGAAAGCCAAAUUGUGUUUCUCGUAUCCCGACUGUUGUCGCCACGUCCGCCGCCGACGAGUCAUGGCAUCAACAAACCUAUUGUUGGCAGCAGAUGUGUGGUAUUUGCAGCUCAGCCUCUCGCGACACAUGGCUGCUCUGUCCCGAAAGUUGCGCGUACAGAGACAGCCCAAGAGCUCAGCGGAGGAAUCAGUCGAUUAGGCUGCCUUCAAUCUACCCCUGUUGCCUGCAACAACCCAGCCUGCGCUAGUGGGUCGCACUGGCACUGGAUGGUCCCUGGGAGAGACUAUCUGGAAUAGUCAUUCACAGCGAUCCGACAGGCAAGAAUCGAUCAAGGAUGCUUUCGUCAUGAUCGCUAUGGAUCCGAACGGGUAGACCACGGACGCAAGAGGCAGGGUUCCUCGAUCCAGCUUCGUGAAACCUCCCUUACCAUUAUUAUUAUUAUUAUUGGGAAACCGGGUCGUAACUUCAACCACUAGACCACGGGGCUGAGGCGCUUCGAGAUGGAAGUUGUGAACUCUUGGGAAUCGAAUAUAUGGGGCCUUUUAUUCCACCAGCAGAAGAUCCCUUCAGCUAAAACUUGUUGCCAAACUAGCAUUCUCGUUUCUCAUUGUUCUGGGUGAUCCGCAAACAUUUGCAUUUAUUUCAUAAUUUGUUCAAAGUUUUGCUCCUUUUUGUGUGAAAAUUGCUUUAGUCCUUUGCUGCCGCGCCUAUUCGGCAUGAGUUCUGGGAAGCAUUCCGAACCACCGCCAUCCCGGGCCGCAUCCGGCUUACCACACCAGUGCCAUACCUGCCGAAAGCGAAGGGUCCGGUGCGACUCCUCGCGCCCGGCCUGCAAUAAGUGCAUUGUCAAAGGCGUUGAAUGCCUGGGUUACGGCAAACAAAAGCCUCUGGUCUGGCUCCAGGGGGGGGGCAACCAAAACCAAUAUCUAGGAGAGGGAAAUAACGUCGAGCAGCCGAAGCGAAAGAAAGGGAGACCGAAGAUUAUAGUUGCAAAGGAGGACAUAGAAGAACCAACUAAGUCUCCCGAACCUGGGAAAGAUGAUAGGUCGGAGGUGUUGGAACUUGUGCGAACGGCUUCGGACAUUUCAAAUUCUUUGGACCAUAUCGACAAUCACCGCGUUCCAGAAACUUGGAACUUUAAAUACCCGUUAAAUAUUAAAGUGGUCGUCAGUACCAUCUGGUACUUCAAUAAGUACAUAUAUCCAGAGGUUGAUCCGAUAGUUUAUUAUCAAGACCUCCCAACAAUCGACCCCAAGGGCUGGCAAGAUGACGUCUCCAAUUUACUUUUCAGCAUUCUCGUCUCAGCCGUUGCAACCCACAGAGCUGUAAGAUCGCAACCGGACGAACAAGUAGCGCUUGGUCGAGAAGUCUUCCAGUAUAAGCAGCAGGCUUUUCAUAGACUAAGCUGCGAGCUCAGAAAUCCACAGACUCAGCUGGGGGAGGUAACACUGGUUUGUGUGCUGACUUUGCUAUUAGUAGAGAUGCAGCAAUCAGCCUACGGUGAAUGGCUGGCCCAUUUCGAAGGUGCAACGACGAUAAUCGGGCUGAAAGGGGGAGCAAAAGCUAUUCUUGAGCGGUGCCCCAUAUUGAAAAGCCCCCUGACAUGUUACUUAUUAGCCGAUGUCCUGGGCGGCACUACAUCCCGGAAGACAUUAUCCAUGGUCGACAUUUCCAGACAACUAGGAUAUCUGGAGGAUCUACCUUUUAUUUUCCAUAAUGGCUCGGAAACAUUUGUCCCCUGCCCAAACAAACUGUUCGAGUGUAUUAUUCAAAUAAACUAUUACCGAACGCUCUCCGUACAAGCUAUUGGCACAGACAGAAUGCCGAUGGAUUUCGGAAACGACGUACGGUCGCUGCUACAAAGUAUUCUCUCUUUUUCCGCAGCAGGCUGGGCGGACAGCAUGACUCAAUACUAUACUGCGGCAUCUGUAACCCACGGAAAAGCCGCGGGCGAAUUCAUCCAGCCUGAUCGAAACCACUGGCUCCAGAUAGCAACCGUAUACCAAUCCGCAGUCCUUCUCUACUGCAUACGGUCCCUUGCUCUGAACUUUGAAGGCCUCAUUCUCGCCUCUUGCGCUUCAGAUGCAACACCAGAUAUGAUAUCCUAUGUCACGGUUCAGGAUAUUCAGAUCGUAGCACGGCAGACGCUCUCGGACAACUUGGGCAAUAUAUAUACCCCUGAAUCUGACCUGCGCUGCCAAUCUCUGGCUCGGGUGGUUACGUGGCCGCUGCUCGUAGCUGGGGUUGAAGCUGGUGAUCACUUUGAGGAUGCAUUGGCUUUACGGGAAUUUGUUACUAGUUCAUUCAUGAGACUGAGUAGAGCUUUGGGGACACUACAUUACCGAGACGCAGGGACUUUCUUGCUGAGUGAGUACAGCCGUCGGGAUAGUAUUAGGCGCGCUGGAGAUUCGCAGUAUGAAUGCUGGUGGAGUGAUGUUUUCGAGCAUUUGCCGGAUAGAUGCGCUUUUUUUGCUUAGUGGAGGGAUGUAAUAUUCAUGGACAUAACGUUAAUUUUUUAUUAUCAUUAUUAUUUUUAUUUAUUUAUGUAGUUAAGAUUCUGCUAUUUAUUUUCUAGGGAAUUGUACAGAUCGCCCAUCACAAUUGUCAAAUAGCUUUUUAAGUUUGAAAUAUCUGCUUCUAGUUCCUCUAUUUUACAGCCCCUUGCCAGAAACGAGGGGGGAUAUAAAGGCCCAUCGGCAUUUACCACCACCGAUGACUCCCAUCGCGAAUUAUAUUGCUCGCGCAAUGAACCUCACCGCCACAACUAUGGUGCGAAUUCUAAUCAUCCACGAAACUGACCUUGAACCCCAACCCGCCAUAGACCUCAGAUACUGCAUCUGCCAUGAUAUCCCUGCCAUUAACAACUGGGCCCCACGGAUUCGGUGCCAAGUAUUCCGUAUCACUCAGAACUAGCCCGUUGAUAGUGGCAGGAUACAGUGAUC